AUGCCCAAAGUCUAUGAUGAUUGGGAGAGAUUGGUUGAAGCCGUGCUUAAGAGAGAGGAACUUAGAAGCAUUGCUUUAGAUAGCUCGAGGGAUCCCAGUUUUAAUAGCUCCGAAUCUUCUAGUUUAAGUUUCGGGGCAAGUUAUAGUGGACAUGACCCAGAUUUUGAUAGGUUUCCACCAUCAUUUCUUCGUCGGCACGACGUGAACUCCAAAUCAAGGACCACCGCAGGAUAUGAAUCCAAGAAAGAUCUGCAUGACUCUUCUAUUUCCCUUACUGAAAGAGACAGAAAGGCAGGACAUGAAUUGAAGGAAGAACUACAUGACUCUUCUAUUUCCCUUUCUUAUAGAGGCAAAACAGCAGGAUAUGAAUGGAGGGAAAAUUUACACGACUCUUCUAUUUCUGUUGCUGAAAAUUACAAAAAGAAAGUGGUCAUAGAAGUACUGAUAAAGGAUGACAGACAAAAACGCAAGGCCAUGAAAGCGGUGAGAAGCCUUCCAGGGAUUGACUCUCUUUCUGUUGACAUGAAGGAGAAGAAAGUAACUAUAGUUGGGGACUUUGAUCCAAUUCACGCAGUGAACAAAUUGAGAAAAAUGUUUUAUGCGGAAAUAAUCUCAAUAGGGCCUGCAAAAGAACGCGAGACGGAGGAGGAUAAAAUUGAAGUCAACGGAAGAAGAAAGGAUCAAAUUGAGGUCGACGAAAGAAAAAGGGAUAAAAGGGAGGUCACCGAAAGAAUUAAUGAACAAAGAAAGGUUGACGAGAGAAAAAGUGCUCAAAGUGAACAAGUUGCAGAGCUUGUGAAGCACUACAAGAGUUACUUCCCUUAUCACUACCAGAGUUACAACCUUUAUUACUAUGCUGACGCUCCAGAAGAUGACCCUAAAUCUUGUGUUAUUUGUUGA